GCGGGACCGAGCGCGUCGCUGCGCUGCGCUGGCUGCGAGCGGGGGGGAUGGACGAGGGGCUCCGCGGCGGCCAGCGGCGACGGGAGGCGCAGAUCGCAGCCUCUAUCUAGUCAUCAGGAAGGCUCUGGAUCACCUUCAGCAAGACGGACAUUGAAUGUUUAGCAUCACGUAUCUGGAUUUUUGAAUGUGAAUUGGAACCACUGUGUUUCUAGGAACCAAAUGGGAAAUCUUUUAAAAGUUCUCACUUGCACAGAGCUUGAUCAGGGGCCAAAUUUUUUCCUUGACUUUGAAAAUGCACAGCCCACGGAUGGAGAAAGGGAGGUAUGGAAUCAGAUCAGUGCAGUUUUACAGGACUCGGAAAGUAUGCUUGCAGACCUCCAGGCUUACAAAGGAGCUGGACAAGAAAUUAGAGAUGCAAUACAAAACCCCAAUGAUAUCCAGUUGCAAGAGAGAGCAUGGAAUUCAGUAUGUCCUCUGGUUGUAAGGCUGAAGCGCUUUUAUGAGUUUUCACUCAGAUUAGAGAAAGCCCUGCAGAGUUUAUUGGAGUCCUUGACGUGCCCACCUUAUACUCCAACUCAGCACCUGGAACGAGAACAGGCUCUAGCGAAAGAGUUUGCAGAAAUAUUACAUUUUACUCUUCGUUUUGAUGAACUUAAGAUGAGAAACCCAGCAAUUCAGAAUGACUUCAGUUAUUAUCGGCGGACAAUAAAUCGCAACAGAAUAAACAACAUGCAUCUAGACAUCGAGAAUGAAGUAAACAAUGAAAUGGCCAAUAGGAUGUCCCUGUUUUAUGCAGAAGCCACACCAAUGCUGAAAACACUCAGUAAUGCAACUACACAUUUUGUAUCAGAAAACAAAACAUUACCAAUUGAAAACACGACGGACUGUCUAAGUACUAUGGCUAGUGUAUGUAAAGUCAUGUUGGAAACACCAGAGUACAGGAGUAGAUUCACCAGUGAAGAGACCCUUAUGUUCUGCAUGCGAGUCAUGGUGGGAGUUAUUAUUCUGUAUGAUCACGUUCAUCCUGUGGGAGCUUUCUCGAAGGCAUCAAAGAUUGAUAUGAAGGGAUGCAUAAAAGUUUUAAAGGAACAACCACUUGACACUGUGGAAGGACUUCUGAAUGCUCUCAGGUUCACUACAAAACACCUGAAUGAUGAAUCUACUUCAAAACAAAUUCGGGCUAUGCUGCAGUAGUAUCCUUAGACAAGUAAAUGUUUGUAUUGAUCACAGAAGAUGUGUAUGUUUACAUAAUUUAAUACAGUUUGAUGUUAAUACUUGUGUGUAUUUACAUAACCAUUUUCUUCACAUUGCUAAAAUAUAUGAAUCUGUUCAUAACUUGACUGACUUUAUAUAGUGCAGCCUAAGUUUUUAUGCUAGCCUUUAUCUUUUGACUUUUAAAAUACUUUUUUACUUAAAUACUUCAGCUACGACAGUUUUUUCUGUGCAUUUUACUCCUUAAACACCUUCUCUAUCAGAGAAGUAAGUAGUAGUGAGGACAAAAUGGAAACCAAAUAAACUGAAAUGUCAAAGAUACCGUAGAAAAGAAAAUUUAAAUAAGAAUAAAGUUAAUAUAAGAGAAAGUAAAAGUCAUUGGAUAUCUUUUAAGAACAUCUGCACAGUUGGUUUUAGGAUCUGAUCAAACUUGUAUGAAUAGGAGAAUACCUGAAUGUUCAUUGCUCUCAUAAAAUGUGUUGUCUUUCCUGUAAUAAGUGGAGAUCUACUUAAUUUUAAGCAUUAUGUGCUGGCUGACAUCCAAAAACAUAUUGCAAAGAGGUAAUUUUUCCUCUUGUAGUAAGUAUAACCUGUACCUUUCAACCAUUGAGGAAAUUAUUAUCCUUUUCAGAUUCAAUGUAAAUAAACAGAAAAUGUGUUCUAAGACCAUUGCUAGACUUUCAAAAUUCUGUAUAAUUUUAUUAGACUUAGAAAGGAAAGGGAAAAUACUAAUGCCUUGACUUAACUAGAAAGGGUUUGUCAGUGUAAAUAUAUCAUGACGAGCGUUAUCUCUCAGACAGCUCUACCUAGUAAGUAAUCUUUUUGCUGAUAUAAACUGGUAUAAAGCAGAACACUCAUCUGUAGCAGCAAACUUCCCUACUGUCAAAUUGGCCCCAUCAGACUUGGUAUGAUAACAGUUUUAAGAGCUGAGUUGUUCUUAGGCACUCCAUCAAGUUCCUUGAUAGUAGUAGUAGAUGAUUCAGAGUCAACACAGAAAUAUUUAUCAGCUGACUGCUCAUCACUGGUUUUUGAGAUGUGAUUGAUGCUUCAAGGAGCUAUGUUCCUUGCCACGUUGUUUGUUCUUACUUUCUAGUAAUUUUUCCAGUAAAUGGAGUAGAAUUUCUUUGCCAAAAUCAGCAAAGCGCUUAUGCUCUGUUAACUGUGUCUUCUGGGUGGUCUGCAGUUGCUGUACAUAUUCUUGCAAAGGUCACGUUUUGAAAAUGUGCUCAAUUUUGUGUACUUUGCUUGCAUGUAUGUGUGAAAACUCCAGUGCUUGUGCACAGAUUCAGAUUUUUAUUUGCUUAUUCCUGUGUAUGUAAAUCAGGGUUUGUGUGCUCUCACUGGAAUUUUCAUGCAUAUCACUUCUAAAAACUUUACCUUAAGACUUUGAAGAUGCAUUUGGUCUGCUGAAACGUCUCUGCGCUGUGACAAAUGGAAUCAUCGUUAGACAGUAACGAUACCAUGAGUUCGCAGGAGUAGGGGUUGCCCUAGAGUUUUAUUUCUGAGCAGAACUACCACUGCAAGGUUUCUUAAGCUUGAUCAGAACCCGUAGGUGCCACCAUCACGUGUGUCGUGAUACUGGACAGCACUGCAGCUCCAGCGUUCGUGUCACACCUCUGCAGCUGAUAGCAGCAGAUUGCUUUGUUGUUGUCAGGAACAGAAUUAGAACUCACACUAGUUUUUUUCUUUUUCUAAAAGCAGUGACCACGCUGCUUUUUCACAGUAGUAAACCCACUGUUUACAAACUCCAUUUUUCACGGGGGGUCAUUUAAAAAUGUAUAUUAGGGGAAAUCCUACUUUGUUCAUAGUCACUUCCACUUAGGUAAAUCUAGGUAGAUGACAGGUCGUUCUGUUCAGCUUUGGUAACUGAAGUUAAUAUGUAUUUUACCUGCAAUUAUUUGUCAAGCAAUGAAGUCUUAUCUUUAAGUACCCCAGAGGAAAAUUAUUUGUCACUUUAUAAUAAAAAUGUAAACUUUAAAGCAUUCUGUGAGUUGUCAUGUGCUGUUUGCCGAAGUCACUGAAUUUCUUUGCCUGAUAUGAUGUUUUUUUGUACAGAAGUUUGUUUGAAAUAAUAAAAAGUUUGGUACAGUAAGCAUUGGGACUGUUUGUAUUUAGAGACAACAUACACAGGUUAAGAAGUUAUCUCAUUUAAAGUGUUGCAUCUGACAUAUAGUAGGCUCGCCUUUAUGUAUCCAGUUUAUAGUUUAUUGUAAAACCAUAUGAAACGUUUCAUUUGUGUACCAUAACAAUAUAACCUCACAUCACUUAAAACCCAGGAGUUUUCUGAUGAUUCUUGACACUUGUCUGUCUUCUUGAGCAGGGGAAGUUGUUAAUACUGCUUUAUAGAAUAGAGGAUAUGAAUCCCUCUAUGACUUUUAUAUCUUCACAGCAGUCAUCCUAGGCUAUGGUGGCCAUCUCAGCUUGCAUUUAUAAUCAAGAAGGUCACCAGAGUAUGUUUCAUUUAAUCUUUAGAUAAGUAAAAAUUAAUUGCCCUUGGAAGAAGGGGGCAGUAUAGACUAAUGCUCGAAGUUAUUGAUCUCAGGUUUGCCGGUUUUAUCUUCUUAUUUUUGCUCAUCGUUAUGUAACAAUACAUGUUUGUAGCACAAUAAUUACUUAAGCUUCAUAAUGGCAGCAUUUCAGAAUGUCCAUAAAUGGAAACGAAUGGGUUUGAAAUGUAGUUUAUGACUUCUAAGCUUUUUGGUGCUACUAAAUGGCUGUCGCGAAAGAUGGUUCCUAAGAUUAUAUUUACUGGUCUGUGGGAGACCACAUCACUCAGAUAAAUUAUCUGAUGUUCUCCAUGUCUACUAAAAUGUACAAAGCAGCAAGAAGUCUCUGUAUUGCUUUCUUUGUUGUAUUUCAGCUAAAUUUAAACUGGAGGUAAAACAUACGUAGUAUAUAAGAUGGCUUGUA